GCAAGUGAGAGCAUGAGCGUGUUGUUUUGAUAAUAACUUUUGUUUUAAAUUAUCCACCUUUCAGCUUGGAUAAUACAGUAAAAAAUUGUACAUAUAUAAAUUUGUAUAUACAUAUACAUUUUUAUAAUUUAGCUUUUGAUAAGUGAAGUUAUGGAUCGAUAAGAUCAUGCUAUGAAUAUAAACGCAGACGUCGAAAAAGUAAUAAGUACAUUAUCUUCAAAGUUUCAUAAGAUAUUUUGUGAUAGAGAUUUUGUUUGCUGUGUCUUGGAGGAUUUUCAAGUAAUCCUGAGGAACAGAAACCGAUGUUGUGUUGUUGUGUUUCCUCUGUUGGGUCGGAAUUAUUUGAAAGCAGUUCAGUAUCAAGCAGAACUUUUUGACCUUGUAGUGUUUACCUUGGGAAGUGGGAAAAAUUGUUUUGUAGCAGUAUGUGACACAAAAUUUUUAAUCAAAAAAGAAGAAAUUGAGGAACAAAUAAUGCCAAAUAAUGAACAAGAAGGUGGAACUGGAAAUAAUUCGAAAAAAAAGAGACCAGAAAGACAGCUUUACAUACCCCCAGCUCAAAGGAGGUUACCUAUAUCUGAGUUACCAAAUGGUUCAAAAACGGACCAUGGAUCAAGUCCAAAAGGAAGAAAACAAGUUUCUACUAUUAAUAGAAAAAAAGAACUACCAGAAAAGGUAAAAGUUGUGACUGAAACCGAGAGACCAAACUACAACGAAGAUAUUAAGGAUGCCAUAUUAAAUCAAUUUAAUGAAAUUAGUAAUUUUUCAUACAUGUGGUGGAAGUAUGAACUGUUUGACUCAUCUGAAAAUAAUUUAACGAGUGUGUAUUCUAAGUCAUUUUUGAAAACAAGUCGAUUGUGCAAUUUCAAUUUUAGUGGUUCUAACAUUUACGAAUUAAAAACUACGAAGUCCUUGUAUAUUUUAAGUAAAGAUUAUGUUCUUUGGCAACCGAAAUUUGAUGUGCUCAUGAAUAAUAAGAAAUCCAAUUUGAAAGCCAUUUCUCCUAGUAACCUUGAUCAGUCAGAUGUAAAGGACAGUGAUACAAAUUACAGAGCAUCAAUCAUGACUAAUUUUUGUAUAGAAAAAACCUAUAUACAGAUGUUAGAAAAGUUCAAUAUUUAUUGUGAUGUUGAUGUAUUGAUAAUCAGAAAUAAUUGGGAGCCGAAUAGAUCAUGGAUUGCGUGCUAUGGUGAUUUUUUUUAUAUUAACGAUAACAAUUGUGAUGCAAUUAGUACUAUAGAAGAUAUGAUAAGCGAUUUUCUCACAAUUUCCGAAGAAAAGGAGAAAGAAUUAAUUGGUACAAAAACAGAAAAAUUAGAAGUCGAAAAUGUUAUUUCUUAUGUACCCGAAAACGAAAAAACUAACAAUAAUGAACAAGUAUGUAAAACAAACCCAGAAAUACCCCAUCAAAACGUCUCACCUUCACAAAAAAAUAAUAUAAAGAAUGUUAUACCCAACAGUAAUCUGAAUUAUUUUAAAAAUAGUAUAAAUUUAACUGAGAAUGUUAAAAUGAAAAAUGAUUUGGAAGAAGAGAAGGAAAUUAUGAGGAAAGCCAAAGAGAAUAUAAAUAGGAAAACCCGUCCAAUUAUUAAAUAUGUUGACGAAGCAAAUGACACUCUUAAAAUUGAAAAAAACGAUGUAAACAACUGGGAAGAUCUAUUUGAUGAGGAAGGACAAAUACAGGAAGAUUUAUUAAAGGAGAUCGUACAUAAAGUAGGAAAAAAUGUAACUAUUGUCAAAGCCAAGGAAGAUUACUCGGACUAUUUUACGAAGCAUGUGAAGAUUGAAGAGUUGGAACAUAUGGUGGAGUUAUAUGAUUUUCCAGCUUCCUUGGAAACACACGAUUUGAUCCAUGCCUUUAAUGAAAUUAAGAGUGAUGCCAUGUAUAUUAAAUGGGUGGAUGAUACGCAUGCUAUACUAGUUCUCGGGUCUUCAACUCAAGCUCAAAGAGCUAUAAAUGUACAGAAUCCUUUGAUAAAAGUUCGACCAAUGAUGGCAGCCAGCAAAUCAACACUUUCAAUAGCUUACCAAAACGAUUUGAAGCCUGCCAUGAAACGACCAGCUACAAAUUUACAAACCGCUAGGAGACUGAUUACAACUCAUUUAGGAACCAAGAGUGGAAUUAACAGUGAAAUAAGUGCCAAAGAAAGGAAUGAUCUGAAAGCUGCUAGAGAAAUGAAGAGGCUAGUCAAGAAAAAUGAGCAGGAUGCAUGGGACGGUAAUCUUCGAUCGUCUAUGAAUUGAAACAGUACCUUCUUUUGUUAAAAUUGUGCCUUCACUCUUAAUCGUUAGUAAUUACCUAUGUUAAAAUAGUCAGUUGUAUUGCAUAUAUUGCAUUUUAAAAUAUAUAUUUAUUUUGUACCAUGUAUGUCUUGUCUUAAAUAAAAUAGUAUUUUUAUCGAAUUAA